CAAGCGGAAGUGUACUAAAUAUAUUUCUUUCCUUUCAAUUUUUGGAACGUGCAUCGCGUGUCGAAAAUUGGCAUAUAUUACAAAAAAACAUUUUGAAAAUGCCGCGCGAAAUUAAGGAAGUCAAAGAUUUCUUGAACAAGGCCCGUCGCUCUGAUGCGCGUGCUGUGAAAAUUAAGAAGAACCCAUUGAAUACAAAAUUUAAAAUCAGAUGUUCACGUUUUCUGUAUACGCUUGUCGUCCAAGACAAGGAGAAGGCUGACAAAAUCAAGCAGUCAUUGCCACCAGGACUACAAGUAAAGGAGGUUAAAUAAAGCACAGCGUGUGCUUCUAAUCUUAGUUGACAUUGGAAGUAGUUAUUCUUGAUGGAAUAAAAUACACGAAACAAUAUAAUCGCAACCCAA